AAGAGGAAAAACCCUCGAGUCCAUCGUGAGAUAAUAUAGCCGAAAGAAAAAGGUGAAAUGCUCUCUCUUACCUUCAAAACACCAAAACCUCUCUCUCUCUCUAGAAAAUAAACCACCAAAUAAACAACCCUUGUGGGUUUCUUCUUCUUCUUCAAAGAAAUGGAGUCUCUAGACACGGCUGCUGGUUUCAUGGUUGAUGACCUUUUGGACUUCUGUUCUGAUAUAGGCGAGGGAGAUGAUGACGAAGAACACCAGAACAACAACAAAAAACCCAGAAAGGGACUUCCUUCCCUUAACCCUAAUGCCCUUGCCUCGGCUUCUUUCAACGUUUUGGAACAUACUUUGUUACCUGAAUUUGCAGAGGAAGAACUGGAAUGGUUAUCAAAUAAAGAUGCUUUCCCAGCAGUGGAAACCUGCUUCGGCAUUCUCUCCGAGGAGCCAGGCAGCAUUCCCAAGCACCACAGCCCAGUCUCCGUUCUUGAAAACAGUACCACUAGCAGCACUAGCAUCAGUGGGAAUAGCAGUAAUAGUAGCAUUAUUAUGAGUUACUGUAGCCUUCGCGUGCCUGUCAAGGCUCGCAGCAAGCGUCGCCACAGGCGCCCUCGAGAAAUCCGAGAGCAAGAGCGCUGGUGGAGUCGGGAAAAUUCUACAAGGAGAAAACCAGCUGUGUCAGUAGCAAAAAUGGGGAGAAAAUGUCAGCAUUGUGGUGUUGAAAAGACCCCGCAAUGGCGGGCAGGUCCAGAUGGGCCUAAAACGUUGUGUAAUGCUUGCGGGGUGCGAUACAAGUCUGGUAGGUUGGUGCCUGAGUAUCGGCCUGCGAAUAGUCCGACAUUCUCCAGCAAAUUGCACUCGAAUUCACAUCGGAAGGUUGUGGAGAUGAGGAAGCAGAAGCAGAUGAUGGGGUCACUUGUUGUGAAGCCAAUGGAUAAAGGGUAGGGUGGUGGUUAUUAGUACUUUUUUUUCUUUUUUUCUUUUCUUUUUUGGAGUCAUUUUACUACUAGCAUAGUUAGGGAGUAGGGGAUUUGAUGUAAUGGGAUAGGUGAUUAGUGAUGAUGCUUUGUUUUGAAGGAAAUUUACUAGGGGAAUUUUGACUUUUAGUGUGCUUGGUUGUGUUUUAGAAAUAGAAAGCAAGGUAGUGCUAUAUUUGGUUUUUCUCGUA